AUGAAUCAAUUGAUAGAAUUCAUCUCCGACAACACCUCACUCAUCAACCUCGUGCAAAAGCUCCCCGUCGAACUCCACCACGAUAUUAUGGUUCUAUUAGGGGAAAGUUUCUAUGCUGAUAGAACAGCUAAACAAACUGUUGAAAUUCUAAAGAGAAGAGGGAAAUCAUUGAUUUCUAAAGUGGAUGCAUUGAAGGCCAAGAUGCAAGAUCUUAAAGCUUCCUUUUUCGAUUCCACUGCUUCUGAAGUUGCAGAAGAUCUUGUGGAGAUUAGAGAGUAUGAGGAGGACGAUUCUGCCAAAAGGGUGUCCCAAUCAGGUCCAGUGGAACUAGAAUCCCCUAGUGUUGCUGAAUUGGACAAUAAAGCGAGUGAAUCUGAGGAUGAUGGGUAUGCCCGUCUAAUGUCAAGGUUGGAGGAACUUGAGAAGGAAGAACUUGCAGCUGAAGAUGACGAAGAAAAUGAUGAAGAUGAGGAUGCUAAUGCUAAUGCUACUGAAACUGAUGGUGAUGGUGAUGGUGAUGAAGAUGAGCUAACUGAAGCUGCUUUUUACGGGAAAAAAGAUGAAGGAUACAGUUCUCUUGAUCAUGGUCAAAGAUAUUUAGAGUCUCAGCCGAAGAAACAGCUACAACAGUCCAAAGGCAAAGAUUCAAUGAAUGAAGAGAUGUCUACCAAGUAUAAUUAUCAAGAUUUAACUAAUCAGUUAGCUUGUACAGGAUUGACAACGGAACCUGUUACCAAAGGUGAAAUAUCACCCAGCCGGAUUAUACAUCAAGAAACAAAGAUGUUAAAUCCUCCCGUAAAUGCAUAUGUGCCUUCUGAAAAGUCGAGUUUGAAGCAGAACAUUCAUGAUUCGUCAAGAAAUGAGAAACCCGUACCGACCACAAAAACAGAAUUUGAUAGUUCCAAGGUGCACUACCUUUACCGUGUCGGUUACUUUGUCGUGAGCAUGAUGUGUACUGAGAUUUUACCGACUCCUUGUGCAGGCUUUUACAGGUAA